AUGCCUGGCUCAAUUAUCAGUAUAGAUGAAAGUAUGAUACCAUGGCGUGGCCGACUUUUAUUCAAACAAUACAUACCUGGAAAAGCACACAAGUACGGUGUAAAGAUGUACAAAUUAGCAGCGACCAGUGGUUAUGUUUGGAAUUAUGUAAUUUAUACCGGUGAGCAAGAUUCAACGGCAGGUGUCGGACAUGCUCAAACAGUAGUAAUGAAACUAUUAGAUGGUCUUGAUGGAUGUUAUCGAACCGUCGUAGCUGAUAAUUUCUUUACCAGUAUUUCCCUGGCGGAAUGUUUGUUGGAACAUGAUACAUAUCUCAUUGGAACAUUUCGAACGAAUCGUGUUGGAUCAGGAGGUAGAAUUCUUGAAGAAAAUCUUAGUCGUGGAGAAGUUUGUGGACUUCAGAACAAAGAUGGAAUUAAAUUAAUUAGGUGGCGAGACAAGAACGAUGUCUUGAUGAUAUCUACAAGACCGUCACAUUCAGCAAGUGUAGUAGAUAGUGGAAAAUUAAAUUUUCAAAAUGAGUCGAUCAUGAAGCCCCAAGUCGUAUUAGAUUAUAAUAAAGGAAGACAAGGCACUGAUUUAUCUGACCAGUUAUCAACAUAUUACACGUCUCUCAGGAAAUCAGUAAAAUGGUACCGAAAGGUAGCAUUUGAAUUAGUUUUUGGGACGGCACUAGUAAAUAGCUAUUUGAUAUACAAGGAGAACUACAUCGAAAGCAAAGUGACCAUCUUGCAAUUUCGUGAAAAUCUUGUCCAAUCUUUACUGCUUGGCACGCCGAUCGAGAAGCUGAAACAUGGCUCCAGGCAACAACCAGCAAGGUAUUCGAAACGCAAAUUCGCUGAUCACAAGCUCGAAGAAAAGGAAGGAUCUACGCGCAAUGUUGGUAGACGGUGUACUGGCUGCUAUGCGAAGGAAAGGGCAGAACAGUCAAGACAAGCGAGCAAUGCAGCAGCAAAGAAAGUCAAAACAUUCUGUUCUGACUGUGAUAAAUUUUUUUGUCUCGAGUGUUUUAAUGAUAAGCAUUAUGCUAUCGAAUAAAGAAUUCAAACAAAGUACUGAAGACAGAAGAUAUGACAGCUUACGUCUAAUCUCCUGCUUAAAAAAAAGCAAAAGAAAGUGCUUUUCUAUACGAUUUUUCGUUAAAUUAUAGCGUCGCCCACCGGUGGGCGACGUCGGGUCGAAUGUGUUAAACUAUGGUUCAAAAAUCUCCAAAUCCUGUAUUUUUCUAUUGACAUUCUAGCACACGAUUCAAGGAAAAUCAGUCAAGAUUCGCCUAGGAACCUGUUCCAGACGCUCCAAUCAGUGUUCCAAGUACAACUCGACGAACUCUAUCCAAUGGUAUGCUCAGUUUUUUUCGUAGCUGAAACUAUGAUAUUUGCGACCAUAGAUGGUACCAUAAACACCCUGAAAACCGUAGUUUUAGUUAUGGAAAAUUUAACACACCAUUAGAUAGAGCUCGUCGAGUUGUACUUGAAACACUGAUUGGAACGUCUGGAACAGGUUCCUAGGCGAAUCUUGGCUGGUUUUACUCGAAUCUUGGGCUAACUUCAGUUACGUAAUUACAAGUGAGAUAAAAAGCUCAUAAGUUCAACUCAAAUUUUCAAGUCGCUUUUAACUGUUUUAAAAGUAGAGUGCAUAUACUUGCUGCGCGAUCUGAUUCAUUCGCAAUGUCACUGUGUAUAAAAGAUUUUCCUCGAACAGAUAGUUUAGGACUAUUCUCGUUACGAGCUGAAAGUAAGUUGUGAAAGUAUUUAACUUGCAUUGGUUCAGUUCGAAAUUUUUAAAAAUUCGAUCGUUUCGAUUGGGUUUGGUUUAAGAAAAAUACGAACGGAUCCCAUCUGUGGCACCCAAAUCUAAAUAUGAUGCGAAUUUUCCAAAAAAAUUGAUAGAUUUCAUCUGCAAUAUUCGGCACUGAUGCUGGAAGUUUUCUAGAAAGUAGCUUAAUACUUUAGAAGUACACAUGUUCGAAAAAUUUUGAUUAUCAUAAAUCCGUUCCAUACUCAUCAGUGUCCGACACUAGUCGGGUCGGGUCGGGUCACGAAAAACAUACUUGACCUCGGGUCAGGUCGGGUCGGGUCACAUCAUGCUCGGGUUGGGUCAGGUCGGGUCACAAAAGUUUUACGAAUUCCGAACUUCACAUAAGAAAAGCAGCAAUUUUAGAUGAGAUAAUCAUUUCUUUAUUUCGAAUACCUAUAGAAUAUGUAUCGAUUUACUGAGAAGAUUGUCAAUGUCUGAAAAAAAUCCACUUUUAUUGGCCAAAAACUAUCCCUCACCUCGGGUCGGGUUACGAAAAAAAUUUUUGAGCUCGGGUCGGGUCGGGUCACAAAAAAGUGACCCGUGUCGGACACUGAUAUUCAUAUUAAUAAAAGAAUGAUAUGUUUAAGUUGUUAAUUAUAAUACUGGUUGUAUACUUUAAGGCGAACGACAUAACAAGCGAGUGGAUUGAUGGCUAUGCGCGAGCAAAGGAAAAAGAUGCCGAAAUUGGCUAAAGUAAAGCUACAUAUUUUUCGAACAGCUCAUGACCCAUUGAAGACGAUCACAGAAUGCAUGCAGAUUCAACAAGCAACGAGCGUAGGAUACCAAUAUAGUGAAUGAUUUUCAAAAAAGAACAACAACGUGAAUAUAGCUAAUUUUAAGUUCUAGAUAGAAAUAGGGCUUAAAAGUUGUCAGCGCAAUUUUGAUGAGACUAAAAUGUAGAACUCACAUUAAAAUACUACGCUCACAAAUAAGAAAACUUUCGACGCACAAUCUCUAUGGGGUUAAAAUGUGAAGUUAUUUCAGUCGAAAAAAUUUUCCUUCUACGGAGUAAUAGCCAAAGAUAGUUAUAUCAGAUACACAUAUAUUCUCCAUCUCAUUUAGUGUAAUAAAAUCUCAACUAUAUAUAGAUUGGCGAACAACACUUAGGAUAAAGUAAUAUCCCACGAGCAUUUGGGAAAAUACACAUGACAGGAUGGGAAAAAAUAUACGACAGAAACAAAAGAAAAUAGACACAUAGAAUGGGGAAAAUACAUAUGAUUUACGGGAAGCUCUGGUCGGGUGAGGUAUGUCUCAGAUUCGGAACCGGAGCGUACGAGGUUCGAUUUCUCUUUUCCGCACAAGCAAACUGUCUAAACAUAUCGUACAAGCAUACUGGCUACAGCUCUAUCGUACAAGAAAUAUAUCUAAGCACAACGUCAUACAGUAACUCAAGCAAUUUGUUGGUCGUAUCUGUGGAAUGUAUGUGCAUCGUUCGAAGGUCGUAUUUUAAUCCUUCGUUGAAUGGCCGUAGAAGACAUGUAUAUCAUUCUGUUCUGUGCUUUCUGAUACGCUUCUGCUUGCUUUUCUCUAUUUCAUGUGCAACCUGUUGUCUGAAUCAUAUGUCCCUUUAGGUCCUAUCAUGGGUAGAGGGUGAAAAUAAAUAUCGCGUAGAAUGAGAAUACAUAUGAUGUAAAGAGGAGAGGAAAAUAACAAUAUAUAGAAGAACGCGCAAAAGCUAUGACAACAGCUGAUAAUACUUAACAAAAAUAUGAUACACGAUGAAUUCGUCUCAAAUGGGCAUGAAGAUGCUUUUUAUUUUUAUUACAAUCCUAUGUAGAAGGUUCAGAGAGUCUUGUUUUCAUGUGUCUGUGACCAUCUGUCAAUGGGACUAACGCAUCGCACUAUAAGCGAGAAAAGAAAAUAACUUCAAACUCCUAAAAGUUCAGCAGCCUGAGGUCCAAAAAUCUACAAUAUCAUGCCGAUAUCUCUCUCACAGUCUUUGGAACAGAAUGGCUUGGGUUUAAUUUUCUCACUUUGUACUUCAAUCCUAAUUUUCAAUAGUGUUUCACAGAAAAGAAUAGAUUUGAGAGCGAAUUUAAGGUCAUGAAAAUCAAAAAAUCAAAGCGGUCAACGUAAGAAGGAUCUUGUUUCUAUCUUAUUGUAGCAUCCAAUAGUUGUAGUUAGAAAAUCCACUUUCAAGCAGCGCUGUCUGUGUGGAAGGGAUAUCUAUAAGAGGGUUGGGUGUGUCUGUACUCUUUUUGAAACUUCUAACAGUAUAACAGUAAAUUUUUCAUUGUCGUGAUCAAUUCGUUCCUAUUAGAAAUGGAUGUAAGUUGUUUAUCGAAAUAUGUUUUUCAGCUGUUACACACACAUAUAUGAGAUGAGAUGAGGAAUUUGUUAAAGUUCUCAAUAUAAUCUCAUGUUAAAUAAGUAUAUGUAAUUUAUAGCUUAUGUUCUAAUAAUUUCCAAUCAUUGAACUACUAAUUCACAGAAUUAUCAUGAUAGGAUAAAUGAUUGUAUUAUUCAAUAGUUUUGAAUGUGACGUUCCUUAUCUACAUAGUACACUGCAUUUGCUGUAUCUGGCUCAAAAUUGACACAACGCAUACGUGCGAAAGCAUUUGCUCAGCUUCUGCGACAAGAAAUGGCCUACUUUGAUCUUUCUGAAAAUCGUUCUGGUUCUGUUUGUAAUCGCCUUUCAAGCGAGGCAUUAGCUAUCCAGGAACUACUUGGAACAUAUUUGGGAGUGUUCACUGAAGCUAUUGCUACUUUUGGUUUCGGAUUUUCUAUAGGCUUCUUUUUCAAUUGGUUAUUGGCUCUUAUUAUGCUCGUUUACAAUAUUUGUGUGUUUCUUCUUGCUUUUUUUCAAGUACGCUGGCAAACUCGAUUAAACAAACAUUCUGAAUGUAUUCUCGGACAAGCAAGUGGGGUAAGGAUAGAUGAUUGUUGACAUAUUUUCACUUGAAAUUGACGUCUUUUCGCAUAUACAGUUCGUGAUUAUUUUUAUUCGAGCAAGUUUUAGUGUUUGAAAAAUUUGAAAAUUCACACGGAAUAUAAUUAUUUUUCUUUGAAUUAUUUUUAGUUCGGCAAUGCUCGUGAAGUUUACUCACAGUCCGUCCCGUCAAGUUAAUUUUACUUUAUUUAACUGAAAAGAAUUAAUAAUACAAUUUAUGACGAAAACAAGGGUUGCACAAUCAAUUCUGAUUAAUCAAUAAAUUUAAAGGACUUAUAGUCAUAAUUUAGUCUUUCAAGAUUUUUUUCUCAAAUUUACCAUAAAAAAAUGUGAAGGACGACAUUUUUCAAUCAGUCCCCCCCUCCCCUCCCCCCAGGCUAGAAUUAAUGAUCAGGAUGGUCAAUAGGAAUGUGUUGGACAGAAACUAAUCUGUACUCUUUGUAGUCCUAUAUAGCUUCUCACAGAUGAAGAUAAAUCCUAUUUGCAUAUGCCAUUUGAGCCGUUAACUGACGACAAAAUAGAACAAUACAUAACUUUUUCUCUGUAUUGGUUGCCAAAAAAAGAAAAAUUGUUUCACAGAAAAAGCUCAAUGGACAUUCUCCUCUUUAACAUUUAUUUAAGAAAUGACUUGUUUUCAAUCUUGAUUCGGACUCAUAGGCGAAAUAAUAGACUAGAAUAGAAUGGUGAUUCGAACAAACUAUAAGAGUGUUCGUGGUAGUCUCUGAAAAAUAAUUUCUUGAGGAUCCAUGUUGUUUUACUCUCAACUACUUUAAGUAUAGAAUCACCUAAGUCAUUUUAUUGAAAUAUCAUGUUUAACCAUUAAAAGUUAGACUUUUUGAUUUACCCAGUUUUUUGCUAGUUUCAUAUGUGAACUUCUAAGAUUUUUAAUUUGAACACAUUUGAGUUCUCAUUCCUAGAAACGAGAACUUAUGUCUAUAUUUCUGUUCUCAAAAACUUGGAAUACACAGUAGCCAGCUAGAAAAUAGAUAGAAGAAUCUUUGCAUAUCUGGGCAUCCUCAGUCAGUGGGAUACCCCUAGUAUAUUUGUUUAUAUAGCUUCAAUAGAUUAUCAUAAAAAUUUGAUUUUUUUACCAGUUAUAGUACAUAUAUAGACCUAAUGAUCUAUUGUUGUUAGAGAUCUAUAUCUUGCUAUGAAUGAUGAUUAUUAAGCGUUCUCUUAUGAUCAUUAUACUGAAGGUGUUUUAUAUUCAAUUUAUUGACAUGUACUUAUUCAUACUGAGAUAUGUGAAAUAACAUGAAAUAUUACAAACUAAGUUUUAUUAUCAAGUACUUAAUCGACAAAUAUAACUAAAUUGUUACGACGUAGAUUUACGAAUAGGAUAUUUGUUUAAUUGGAUAUUGCAUACAGAUGAGACAACUUGUACGAUCUUUGUUAUCUUAUGAAAAUCAUCAAUUACCUCUCUGUAGAUAUUUCCUAGAAUAGCAUAGGUUUUAAGACGUUGAUUGAUAUUUUCAAUAGCUGCUCUUGCACUGUUAAUGUCACGAUUAAAUUUCUUCUCGUCAUCUGUUAAUUCACGUCCAUGAGGUUUCUUUUUUGGAGUAAUUACAUAUUCUUCAACUAUAUAUCCUUUGUCAGCAAUGAUUUGGACAGAUUCAUUUGCAUAUUCCAAUAGUACAGAUUCUCUUAGAAUUGUAAUGUCAUGUACACUACCAGGAUAACAUCCUGAUAUGUGUACUAUGCGAUGGUUAAAGUCACAAGCUAUUUGCACUUUUAAGGCAUAGUUUGUUGAGCCUUUUCUAUGGUAAUAUGCUUUACGUUGAUUUGAAUCCAAAGAUUCAGAAAUUGCAAUAAAAGUUGAAUCAACUAUUAACUUGUGAUGUCGUUCAGGUCCAUGUUUACUGGUUCUACUAGCAAUAUUGGUAGAUAAUGAUACUAAUUUCUCGUAUACACAAGAAUGCAGUAUAUCCACAAUUUCGUUCAAAAAAUAAUUGACUGUUGAUGGGCCCAAAUUAAGCUCUGUAGAAAUAUAGCGUUCUGAAUGGUAAUGCUUCAAAUGCCAUAGUGUAACUACUAGUAAAUUCAUAGGAGAUAAGUAUGGUGUGACGGUAGUAUUUGUAUGUUGCUCGUUUCUAUGGAGACGUUACUUCACAAGUGAUUCUUCACACAUACUAUAUAAUUGUUGCACUUUUUCAACAUCAAGUCCAGUAUGUUGUACACACGAUUCAUCAUUUCGUUGUCAUUCUGACCAUGGACGUUGUUCUACAAGAUAUAAACAAAAACGCUUUUUAGCGAUUAACUGUCGACUAUGCUUGUAGAAUAGUAUCAUUAAAUGGAACUGUAAGUGUCAUAUGAGAAGGUUAAUGUUACUUACCGUUAUUUAGAGUCUGAAAUUCUUGUUGAAUAGCAACCUGUUUAUCUUGUAUUUCUUGUUGUCGAUCUUCAACAAGUUCUACCAUACAGAAAUUGCAGUUACCACGGUGUCGAUAAUAAUUUGUAUAUAAGCCCGAUCAUCCAGAGCCGAUGCAUGUCCAGGUUAACAUCGAGUGACAAACGGCACAAUAUUUUCGUUGAUCAGUUGGAGCUGACUGAGAUUGAAAACAAUACCAUUCGAUUCGUUGAGAGAACAUAGUAGAGAGAUAUAAAUGAAUGUGCACAAGUUAAAACUGAUCGAAGAAAAGUUAUUAGAGAUAGAACGAAAAAUGUGUAGCUGUAACACGAGAAGGCGAUAAAAUAAAGAAUUAUUGCACAUAAGCAUAUGCUGAGAGUGAAAUGUCAGUAAAUUCAAUAUGAAACACCUUCAGUAUAAUGAUCAUAAGAGAACGCUUAGUAAUCAUCAUUCAUAGCAAGAUAUAGAUCUCUAACAACAAUAGAUCAUUAGGUCUAUAUAUGUACUACAACUGGUAAAAAAAUCAAAUUUUUAUGAUAAUCUAUUGAAGCUAUAUAGACAAAUAUACUAGGGAUAUCCCACUGACUGGGCACGCCCAUCUCUGACUGUUCGAAAUUGUACAAAAAUAAAAAAUGUAGUGCGUUCGCGUUUUUCAGAGAAUGGAACCUCAAAGGAAUGUGAAUCCUAACACCCCUAAUGAACACUAUGCACAUCUAUUGAACUUGAACACAUAACUCUGGUUACUUAAAUCUUCAUAUAUAUCUAUUUCAGCAGAUGGAGUUGAAGAAAUUCUGAUAAUGCCCAGUGAAAAAAAUAUGUAGCAAAAUCCUGAUUUGUUUUGAUUAAAAGUGUAAAAGUCACCAAUUUCGACGAAAAAUUCAAUAUUCUAUUCAAAAUCGGAUUAAAAUCGAUUAAAAUCGCCAAAUCCAUUGAAAAAAUAAUCGAUUUAAUCGAUUAUUCUGGAUUAGGGCAAGAAAAACCGGGUUUUAAUCCGUAAUCAAUUUAAAUCUUUCAAUCGAUUGUAACCCG